AUGUCGCGGCAAGUAGACAUAAAGGCUCUUGUAUCGCAUGUAGUUCGUGGAGAUGGUGUAAAUAAGUGCCGAAUAUGUAUGGGGGAUACUUCUGAAGGACAAGUCUAUUUAAAUGAUACUGUAAUGAUGGAUGGUGAUAAACCUAUAACACUAUCCGAAUUGCUGGAAACCAUUACCGGCAUCCAGGUGCAGAUAGAAGGGGACUUACCUGAUGGAGUGUGUCCAAAAUGUUCCAAAUCUGCUAUAAAUGCUGCCGAAUUCAGAUCCUUAUGUCAACAAGCAGCUCAUCAGUGGGAUAUAACAAUUACUCUGCUACAUGACCUCCCAACGCAAUGCAUGAAUAACAAAACAAUAUUUGCUAUUAUAGACCCAACACAAAUGAUUGUUAUUAAUGAUAUGAAAAAAUCAAACAACAUCACAACAGCUGCUCAACGGCUAACAACUCAUCUAGUCAAACCUAUAGUAGACAAAGAAGACAGCCAUUACAAGUGUCCAAAUUGUGAAAAAGAAUUCACAAAUGCGUUUCAAUUGUGUCAACAUUUAAAAGAAUCUCCGGAUUUAAAAAGAGCCUGUUACAUAUGUGGUAAAAUCAUGGCUCGUGAUGAUAUACUGUAUCACAUGAUAAAUGAACAUAAAGAAGCUCCUUACAAUUGUAAAAAGUGUCCAGCGCUGUUCUGCUCUUAUAGCCAAUAUAUGCAGCAUUUAACAAAAGCACAUUCAAAUGGCUGCACUACCUGUAUUGAUUGUGGACGUAACUUUCAAUCGCUCAAUGCAUAUCAUGCUCAUGUCUCUGUACAUGCUUCUAAAAAUUGCCCAGGAUGUGACAAACUCUUUCGAAAUCACUCUUGCUACAUAUAUCAUGUCAAAACUUGCUGUAAUUUGGAACGCCCCAGACAAAAUAUGAUAACAUCCAAAAAAAAAGUUACCAUAGAGGUAAAAAAUGAAAUAAGCAAUCGCAAAGUCAAAGUAGGGCUUCGUGGAGCUGCAAAUAAAGAGUGUAUAUGCGAUUAUUGUAAGAAAAAAUUUGCUGGCAAGAAAUUUGUUGCUGCACACAUUCAAAUAGUGCACAUGAGGAACACUCACCGACCAUGUAUUUACUGUGGGAAGUUGCUGGCAUCAGCGCAUAUGUCGGAACAUGUCAAAAGACAUGAAUCUGACCGGACUUAUAAAUGUCCACACUGUGGGGUGGUUUUGAAAACAAAAUUAGGCUAUAAUCAACAUUUGCGUCUACAUACUGGUGAAAGGCCAUACGCCUGCAAGUAUUGUGGAGAAACGUUUUCAGCUUCAUCAAGACGCUCCGAGCAUAUUCGCAAAGUACAUAAGAGCUCUGAUAUAGUUUUGAAACAAGAGUGCCACCUGUGCCCAGCAAAAUUUAGGCUUCCGUAUCGGUUAAAACAGCAUCUAAAAUCAAUUCAUAAUGAUGAUCAAGAUACUUUACCUAAGUUUGAAUGCAAUACGUGUCACGAGAAGUUCGGUUCGUGCAGAGGACUGUUGCAUCACAGUCGGAAACAUCAGAAUGUGAACUUUCCAUUAAAAAAACCAGAGAAAUCCAUAAUGCUUAAGGUGUAUAGUGAAAUAAAACAAGACAAUGAAAUUACG